GCGGCGGCGAGAGCGAGCUUGCAGCCCGCGCCUAGCCCGCGGACCCGAUCCGAGCUCCGACGGAACCCGCGACCCCUCAGUCCAGACGAGAACAUGCUCGCCAACUCAGCCAGCGUGCGGAUUCUCAUCAAGGGGGGCAAGGUGGUGAACGAUGACUGCACCCACGAGGCCGACGUCUACAUCGAGAACGGCAUCAUCCAGCAGGUGGGCCGGGAACUCAUGAUCCCCGGCGGGGCCAAGGUUAUUGACGCCACGGGGAAGCUGGUCAUCCCCGGCGGCAUCGACACCAGCACCCACUUCCACCAGACCUUCAUGAAUGCCACGUGUGUGGACGACUUCUACCACGGGACCAAGGCGGCCCUGGUUGGGGGUACCACCAUGGUCAUGGGCCAUGUCCUGCCGGACAAGGAGACCUCCCUCGUGGAUGCCUAUGAGAAGUGCCGCAGCCUGGCCGACCCCAAAGUCUGCUGUGACUAUGCCCUCCACGUGGGCAUCACCUGGUGGGCCCCCAAGGUGAAAGCAGAGAUGGAGACGCUGGUGAGGGAGAAGGGGGUCACGUCGUUCCAGAUGUACAUGACCUACAAGGACCUGUACAUGCUCCGAGACAGCGAGCUGUACCAAGUGCUGUAUGCCUGCAGGGACAUCGGAGCCAUCCCCCGGGUCCACGCAGAGAACGGGGAGCUGGUGGCCGAGGGUGCAAAGGAGGCGCUGGAUCUGGGCAUCACAGGCCCUGAAGGGAUUGAGAUCAGCCGCCCUGAGGAGCUGGAAGCCGAGGCCACACACCGCGUCAUCACCAUUGCAAACAGGACUCACUGUCCUGUCUACCUAGUCAAUGUGUCCAGCAUCUCGGCCGGGGACGUCAUUGCAGCUGCCAGGAUGCAGGGGAAAGUGGUGCUGGCCGAGACCACCACGGCGCACGCCACACUGACUGGCCUACACUACUAUCACCAGGACUGGUCCCAUGCGGCCGCCUAUGUCACCGUACCACCCCUGAGGCUGGACACCAACACCUCCACCUACCUCAUGAGCCUGCUGGCCAAUGACACGCUGAACAUUGUAGCGUCAGAUCACCGGCCUUUCAGCACGAAACAGAAGGCCAUGGGCAAGGAAGACUUCACCAAGAUCCCUCACGGUGUGAGCGGUGUGCAAGACCGCAUGAGCGUCAUCUGGGAGCGCGGUGUGGUGGGAGGCAAGAUGGAUGAGAACCGUUUUGUGGCCGUCACCAGCUCCAACGCUGCCAAGAUCCUCAACCUGUAUCCCCGCAAGGGCCGCAUCAUCCCCGGGGCUGACGCUGACGUGGUGGUGUGGGACCCCGAAGCCACGAAGACCAUCUCGGCCAGCACGCAGGUGCAGGGGGGAGAUUUCAACCUGUACGAGAACAUGCGUUGCCACGGCGUGCCGCUGGUCACCAUCAGCAGGGGCCGCGUGGUGUACGAGAACGGCGUCUUCAUGUGCGCCGAGGGCACUGGCAAGUUCUGUCCCCUGCGGUCCUUCCCGGACACCGUCUACAAGAAGCUGGUCCAGAGGGAGAAGGCCCUGAAGGUUAGGGGAGUGGAUCGCACUCCCUACCUGGGGGACGUGGCUGUCGUCGUGCACCCUGGAAAGAAAGAGACAGGCACGCCGCUGGCAGACACCCCUACUCGACCUGUCACCCGGCACGGGGGCAUGCGGGACCUGCACGAGUCCAGCUUCAGCCUCUCAGGUUCUCAGAUCGAUGACCACGUUCCAAAGCGAGCUUCCGCUCGCAUCCUCGCGCCCCCGGGCGGCAGGUCCAGCGGCAUCUGGUAGAGGCGCCCGGCAGCCCGGCGAGGGUGCUCACCGCCAGCCUGCACCCACUUGGCCCGGCCCAGGGGCGGGAGAGGCUGGGCAGCCACGGGAGGGCACGGGCCGGGGCGGGACCCACCGUGCUUCGCGCCCACCCUAACAGGCACUUUGACAUGUGUCCCUCCUGCUGCCUCCUUCCCGGCCUCAGCAGGCUUGGCGGGGACCCCAGAAGCCCCCCACUAUGCACAGAGCCCCAUGCAUAGAGCCCAGCACAGCCCCUCCCUCCUCCCCCCACCAGUUUUCAGUGCCCCUCUCCUGGCGCCCCCCCCCCAACUGUCUAGAACAC